ACUGUUAUAUCUGUUGGCUCAGCCCCUGAUGUCACUGAAUGAGCAGUCGAGCUUCCAGUGCGCACCUUCGGGGACGCAGCGGUGGCACAGGCAGUGAAUUUUCUGCUCGUCCACACAACUACUCAGACACCUUUCUCCGUUUCUGUCACAUUACCCAGCGUCCGCAUUUAAAUCUGCGGCUGGGCUGUCCUAUCGGACGCUCGGCAUCAGGCUAGUUUUUAUUUGAAUGAACUUUUUGGAAGCAGACGAAUAGAAGCAGCAGUCGUCAGAAAUCUGUGUUGACUGAUUGAAGUUGAGAGUUGACAGUUUAACGCCCAGCAGCAGCAGCCCGGGCUGGUGCAGGCUUUUCACAGCGUCUCAGCGCCCAUGGAGAGCAGCGUGGUGCACAUCUACAAAGAGGACAGGUGUCCCUCGGGCCAGCCGGAGGAGUGCAUCCCAAACUUCACCUGGCAGCCCGGCUUAUCGGACAUCUUCAACUACACGACAAACGGCACAUGGGACGCCGAACCCGAACCCAUGUCGCCCAUCAUCCCCAUCAUAGUCGCGGUGUACUCCGUGGUGUUCGUGGUGGGCUUGGUGGGCAAUUGUUUGGUGAUGUAUGUCAUCAUUAGGUACACCAAAAUGAAAACAGCCACCAACAUCUACAUCUUCAACCUGGCUGUGGCAGACGCUCUGGUCACCACCACCAUGCCCUUCCAGAGCACCGACUACCUGCUCAGCUCCUGGCCAUUUGGCGAGGUGGCGUGCAAGGUCUUCAUCUCCAUAGAUUACUACAACAUGUUCACCAGCAUCUUCACUUUGACCAUGAUGAGCGUGGACCGCUACGUGGCCGUGUGCCACCCGGUCAAGGCCCUGGAUUUCCGCACGCCCGUCAAGGCCAAGAUCAUCAAUGUGAUCAUCUGGGUGCUGUCGUCAGCUGCUGGGAUCCCCGCCAUGAUACUUGGCAGCACUAAAACCAAUAAUGGGACCACAGAGUGUGCCCUACAGUUCCCUGAGCCCUACAUCUACUGGGACACGCUGAUGAAGAUCUGUGUCUUCAUCUUUGCCUUUGUGGCACCUGUUAUCAUUAUCACUGUCUGCUACACACUGAUGGUCAUGCGGUUGAAGAGCGUGCGCCUCCUGUCAGGCUCGCGUGAGAAGGACCGCAACCUCCGCCGGAUCACGCGUUUGGUGCUGGUGGUGGUUGCCGUCUUCGUGGUGUGCUGGACCCCCAUCCACAUCUUCAUUUUGGUCAAAGCACUGUCAACCAAUGUGCCCGAGACCACUGCUGUCAUGGCCGCCUACUUCUUUUGCGUGGCGCUGGGCUACACCAACAGUAGCCUCAACCCCAUCCUCUACGCGUUCCUGGACGAGAACUUCAAGAGGUGCUUCAGGGACUUUUGCUGCCCUGGUGCCCAGGGACACGGGGACUGCCAGGGGGUGAGCCGGGUGAGGAGCACCCUGAGGGACCACACAUGUCCCACAGAAGGUCGGGGAGAUAUGAGACAGGCCAGGCCUGUAUGACUAGCCAUGGACAUGUCCUCUAUGCCCUAUCAGGGCUGGGAGGACUCUAAUGACCUGGGCCUGACUCAAAUCACCACCGCCAUCUAAGGGAGAGGGCUGUUUUAUAUUUAUUUAUUCAGAUUGUUGGCCAGAGAAUUCAAAGCAGGUUCACUUAAAAGACCAGUGUGUAGGAUUUACGGGGGCAGAAAUAAAUCUUUGUUUUCAUUAGUGUAUGAAACUAGGAAUUGUUGUGUUUUCAUUGGUUUAGAAUGAGCCCUUCAUAUCUAUAUAAGGAGCCUAUCCUCUUCCACAGAGCCCACCAUAUUGCAUAGCCUUGGUUGGUUUUGGACUCAUAAUGGGACUUGUUGACAGUAAGAAAAAUAUAGAAAACCAUCAGACUGAUCCAGUCAAGUGAGCCUUAGAUUAAAAUGUUAGUAAGGUGGAAAGUUGAUGUUUUAAGAUGCCUCUGGAAUCACAGCAUAGUUAGAUCCUAAAUCAUUGUAUAGUAUUCAUAAUUUCACACAUCCCCUCUGAAGAAAUUGAGGCUUGAUGUAUUAAAAAACUGAAAGCUGAAACAUGUAUGUUUUUCAUCUUAUCACAUAGUUUAUAUCUACAAUGAAAAGAUGAUGAAAGAUGUCCAAACAAGACGAACCAAAAGUGUUUUAUUGAGUUGUUAUAUUUGCAUUUUGUUUACCUGAUCUGUAAAUAGGCUUUAACAUUACAGUGAAUAAUAUAGUUCUCACAUAAAAAGAUCAACUCAGAAUGAAAAGACGUAAUUAUCCCUGAUUUUUUCAGGAACAAUCUGCAUCAUGAGCUGUGUUUUACACUAAAAGUGUUUUAUGUGAAUUAUAGUUUGGUGAUCAGCAAUGCCCUAAAUUUGUGCGUAACCUAUACUGUAUCUUGAGGAGUCUCACUUUGGCAUUAAAUCCAUGUAGAAUACUUAAUAACCUCUCAGGGAUAAUCCUCUGUAAUUCACCACAAGAAGAUACCAAAUCAAUGUUUUUCCUCCUUGACAAAAUGGCUGAUUUUGACGAGGCUGCGAAACGUCUGUAUCUGCUGUUCUCUAAAGCCAAACUAUUAUUACAUCUGACACUGCUCUGCACCUUUGAACAUUUUCUGGUGUGAUGCCAACGUCACAUCUAGGAGAUGUCGAGUAUUGUACAUAGUGUUGUCAACCUGGUGUGUUCUCACCUUGUCUGAAACUACUUGUACAUGUGAAAACUGGGCAGAGGGCUCCAAGGCAACAGUAGGCAUGACAAUAAUAUACUUUAACCACAGAGCAAGGCUUUCAGUGGUUAGUGCAACUGAGUGUAUAUACUGUAAAUCUCUGCUCAACGUGUCUUUUCAGCUUGAUAGCAAUGCAUGUGCAAGUUUAUCCUCAUGAAAAUUAGGUCUUCUCUCAGCUACUCUAAAUGACAAUUUAUAAUCGACAGCCUGAAACGUGAUACCAAGCAGUUCAUAUAAAUAGCAACACAUGGGCUUUUCAGCUUUAUAUAUUUGAUAUUGGCUGUGCAGACUCUUUCCUGUUUGCACAUAUUCUUGAAUUAAUGAGUUCAUUAUGAUAACUGAUAAUCAUUGAAUGUAUACAGAUAAGGAAUGUUUUUGAUGGUAUACACCAAGUUUAUUUCAUUUCACAUGGUUUUAUGUAUUAUAUUGUAUUUUGUCAAAAUUUUGCUUUCAUAGGAGUCAUCAAAUCAACCAGAUUUAAUAAAAUCAAAGUGUUAUGAGGGUUUUUCUCAAUGUAGAGCUAACCAUAAUUAUAUUAUGUGUCUAUAUCUGAGAAAGAUACAGUAGUUACAACAGAAAAUGUGCUUCUGUGCCUUAUCCUUGGUCUGAACUCUUCUUUGCUCGCUCAAAAAGAUCAGCAAUUAACCACAUCCAUUAUUGUGUUUAGCUUAAUGCUGAAAGUUACUGUAGCAUUAACUCUUCCUGUUGGUCAUAGAGAGGACAUCCCACUGCUAGCCUGCUUACAGUGUGUUUCUUCAUUAUUCCUCUAGUACUGCUUUGAUAAACAAGAUUUCAUUAUUUGCCUACACUCGUGAUCAGCUUGUAUGUAUGAUAUGCUGCUGCUUUGUAAACUAAUUGUAUCUGUUAGAUAUUUAUAUUGUGCUGUAUCUUUUAGUGCUGAAUGUCAGAACAUGCUUCAAACAUGCGCAACUAAGUCACAAUAAAGCUGGAAAAUGUG